AGUUGCGUGUGGUGUGGUCUAGACCCGACGGCGCAGCGCCACGAUCCCCGGGGGACCGUGUGUCUAGGAAAACGCCGUUGCCCCUUGAGUCGGGACCCAGGAGCGAGCGGGCCCCGUGGGCCCGGGGACGACGCCCCCUCCUGCGGCGUGGACUUUGUCGGUGGCCCUCGAGGAGGAGGAGGAAUAUGGCACCUAAGGUUUCUCCUUCUGGCCGUCUGGUUUUCUGCCUCUUGAUCUCCGCCGCGGUCCUCAGACCAGGCCUCGGAUGGUACACUGUCAACUCAGCUUAUGGAGACACCAUUGUCAUGCCUUGCCGACUCGAUGUACCUCAGAACCUCAUGUUUGGCAAAUGGAAAUAUGAAAAGCCUGACGGAUCCCCAGUAUUUAUUGCAUUCAGAUCCUCUACAAAGAAAAGUGUGCAGUAUGAUGAUGUACCAGAAUACAAGGACAGAUUGAGCCUCUCAGAAAACUACACUUUGUCUAUCAACAAUGCAAAAAUCCGUGAUGAAAAGAGAUUUGUGUGCAUGCUAGUGACCGAGGACAACGUGUUUGAGGCACCUACACUAGUCAAGGUGUUCAAGCAACCCUCCCAACCUGAAAUUGUAAACAAAGCACCAUAUCUCGAAACAGAGCAGCUAAAAAAGUUAGGUGACUGCAUUUCAAGAGACAGUUACCCAGAUGGCAACAUCACAUGGUACAAGAAUGGGAAAGUUCUGCAACCCCUUAUAGGAGAGGUGGUCAUACUUUUUAAAAAGGAAAUUGAUCCAGUUACUCAGUUGUACACUAUGACUUCAUCCUUGGAGUAUAAGACAACCAAGGCUGACAUACAAAUGCCAUUCACCUGUUCUGUGACAUAUUAUGGGCCCUCAGGCCAGAAGACAAUUCAUUCAGAGCAAGUAGUCUUCGAUAUUUACUAUCCUACUGAGCAGGUGACAAUACAAGUGCUACCACCAAAGAAUGCCAUCAAAGAAGGAGACAACAUCACUCUCCAGUGCUUGGGGAAUGGCAACCCGCCUCCUGAGGAGUUCAUGUUUUACUUACCAGGACAGCCUGAGGGAAUAAGAAGCUCAAACACUUAUACACUGACAGAUGUGAGGCGCAAUGCCACAGGAGACUACAAAUGCUCACUGAUCGACAAAAAAGGCAUGAUCGCUUCAACAGCCAUCACGGUUCACUAUUUGGAUUUAUCCUUAAACCCAAGUGGGGAAGUGACCAAGCAGAUCGGUGAUGCUCUACCUGUGUCAUGCACAAUAUCCGCUAGUAAGAAUGCGACUGUGGUGUGGACGAAAGAUAACAUCAGGCUCCGAUCAAGCCCAUCGUUUUCUAGCCUUCAUUAUCAGGAUGCUGGGAACUACGUCUGCGAAACUGCUCUUCAGGAGGUGGAAGGACUGAAGAAAAGGGAGUCACUGACACUCAUUGUAGAAGGAAAACCCCAAAUCAAAAUGACAAAGAAAACUGACCCCAGCGGACUGUCAAAAACCAUAAUCUGCCAUGUGGAAGGGUUUCCAAAACCAGCGAUACAGUGGACCAUUACCGGAAGUGGAAGCGUCAUAAACCAAGCAAAGGAGUCUCCUUAUAUCAAUGGCAGGUAUUAUAGUAAAAUUAUCAUUUCCCCCGAGGAGAAUGUUACAUUAACUUGCACAGCAGAAAACCAACUGGAGAGAACAGUAAACUCCCUGAAUGUCUCUGCGAUAAGUAUUCCAGAACACGAUGAGGCAGACGAUAUAAGUGAUGAAAACAGAGAAAAGGUGAAUGACCAGGCAAAGCUAAUUGUGGGAAUUGUAGUUGGUCUCCUCCUCGCGGCCCUCGUGGCUGGUGUCGUCUACUGGCUGUACAUGAAAAAAUCAAAAACUGCAUCCAAACACGUCAACAAGGACCUUGGGAAUAUGGAGGAGAAUAAAAAGCUAGAAGAAAACAAUCACAAGACAGAAGCCUAAGAGAGGAGAGGUUCCAGGUGUCCAG